ACUGCCCGGCCAGCUCGGGUCAGAGCUUGCCGCGCCGCGAUGGAGCUGCAGCCGCCGGGCGAGGAGGAGCAGGAGGAGGAGGAGGAGGAGGUGGAAGAGGAGGAGGAGGAGGAGGAAGGCAGGGAUUAGCGCGGAGCCGGCUGGCGCAGAGGCGCGGCUGAGCGCUCCAGCGGGAGCCCAGGACCCUGUGGCCCGUGCGGGAGGCAGGGGCGGGAGGAGCGGAGAUGCGGCUGCUCCAGCCACGCCGCUAAAACUGCCGGUCACUCGCCCGCGGGAGGAGGAGGGCGGUGAGCUCCUUCCUCCCCGCUGCGCCGCGGGGCGCGGGCAGGCCUUCCUCCAGCUCAUCCCGGCCCCGAGUCGGAGCUGCUCGCCGCCCCCUCUGCCUUCCUGCCCUCUUCUCACCAUGAGCGGGGCCGUUUUCACCUCGUAAAGAUGGCGGUGUGGGAUCGCUACAACCUUUAGACUAAUGACUGUCAGAAACAUCGCCUCCAUCUGUAAUAUGGGCACCAAUGCCUCUGCUCUGGAAAAAGACAUUGGCCCAGAGCAGUUUCCCAUCAAUGAACACUACUUUGGAUUGGUCAAUUUUGGGAACACCUGCUACUGUAACUCCGUGCUGCAGGCACUGUACUUCUGCCGGCCAUUUCGGGAAAAUGUUUUAUCAUACAAGGCCCAACAGAAAAAGAAGGAAAAUCUCUUGACUUGCCUGGCAGAUCUUUUCCACAGUAUUGCUACUCAGAAGAAGAAAGUUGGAGUUAUUCCACCAAAGAAGUUCAUAUCAAGGUUACGAAAAGAGAAUGAUCUCUUUGACAACUACAUGCAACAGGAUGCACACGAGUUUUUAAAUUACUUGCUGAAUACAAUCGCCGACAUUUUACAGGAGGAGAAGAAACAGGAAAAGCAAAAUGGGAAAUUGAAAAAUGGCAACAUGAACGAAGCUGAAGAGAACAAUAAGCAAGAACUCACCUGGGUGCAUGAGAUUUUUCAGGGAACACUGACUAACGAAACUAGAUGUUUGAACUGUGAAACCGUUAGUAGUAAAGAUGAAGAUUUUCUUGACCUUUCUGUUGAUGUGGAGCAGAACACAUCAAUUACACACUGUCUAAGAGACUUCAGUAACACAGAGACAUUAUGUAGUGAGCAGAAGUACUACUGUGAAACCUGCUGCAGUAAACAAGAGGCACAGAAAAGGAUGCGAGUAAAAAAGUUGCCAAUGAUUCUUGCCUUACACCUCAAGAGAUUCAAGUACAUGGAGCAAUUGCACAGGUAUACUAAGCUGUCUUAUCGUGUUGUAUUUCCCCUGGAAUUACGUCUUUUCAACACGUCUGGUGAUGCUGUCAACUUAGACCGGAUGUAUGACUUAGUAGCUGUUGUUGUUCACUGUGGAAGUGGACCGAAUCGUGGGCAUUAUAUUACUAUUGUGAAAAGUCAUGGAUUUUGGCUCCUGUUUGAUGAUGACAUUGUAGAGAAAAUAGAUGCUCAAGCUAUUGAAGAAUUUUAUGGACUGACCUCUGAUAUAUCAAAAAAUUCAGAGUCUGGAUAUAUUUUAUUCUACCAGUCAAGAGAGUGAGUUGGGAAACUGUGACAACUGCACACAACAAAUCUGCAGGCAAAGAAGGUGAUGGCCCACUGAACUGACUUUUACAAAGACCUCAUCUUGUAUGGCUGAAAAAUGAUAUAUUCUGUCUCUCAUUAAAUGGCCUAUGUGGUAUUGAC